GCCGUCCGGAGUGGGAGGGUGACGCGCUGCCGAGUAUUGUUACUUUUCUGAGGGUGUAGUAUUAAUACUCUCUGAGGGCGCCACUGGGCGGAGAAAAGUAGCAGCUACCAUGGUGAAGGAGACAGGUUACUACGACAUCCUGGGUGUGAAGCCCAGCGCUAGCGCAGAUGAGAUUAAACGGGCGUAUCGCAAACUGGCGCUGAAGUACCAUCCGGACAAGAACCCCAGCGAGGGCGAGCGGUUUAAGCUCAUAUCCCAGGCUUACGAAGUCCUGUCAGACCCCAAGAAAAGGGACCUCUAUGACCAGGGUGGGGAACAAGCUAUUAAAGAAGGCGGCCUAAGUGGAGGCGGUUUCUCUUCACCUAUGGACAUCUUUGACAUGUUCUUUGGUGGUGGAGGCCGAAUGAAUAGAGAGAGAAGAGGCAAGAAUGUGGUGCAUCAGCUGAGUGUCAGCCUUGAAGACUUCUACAACGGGACCACACGGAAGCUGGCGCUCCAGAAGAACGUCAUCUGCGACAAGUGUAAAGGCUACGGUGGGAAGAAGGGGGCCGUGGAGAAGUGCCCGACGUGCAAAGGGCGAGGGAUGCAAGUGAUCGUGCAGCAGAUUGGGCCGGGCAUGGUGCAGCAGAUCCAGACGGUCUGCCCCGACUGCAAGGGCCAAGGCGAGCGCAUCAACCCCCGGGACAGGUGCACCACCUGCAACGGCAACAAGGUGGUGCGGGAGAAGAAGAUCUUAGAAAUCCACAUCGACAAAGGUAUGAAAGAUGGUCAGAAAAUAGUGAUUCAUGGGGAAGGUGAUCAAGAGCCCGACCUGGAGCCCGGAGAUGUCAUCAUUGUCCUCGAUCAGAAGGACCACCCCGUGUUUCAGAGAAGAGGCCAGGACCUGGUUACGAAAAUGAGCAUUCAGCUUUCCGAGGCCUUGUGCGGCUUCAAAAAGACCAUAGAGACGCUGGACGAGAGAGUCCUCGUAAUCACUACCAAGCCAGGUGAAGUGGUAAAACACGGAGACCUCAAAUGCGUCUGCAACGAGGGGAUGCCGACUUACAAAAACCCACUGGAAAAGGGUUCUCUAAUUAUACAAUUCUUGGUCGUAUUCCCGGAGAAGAACUGGCUUCCCAAGGAGCGGCUGUCUCUGCUAGAAGCCCUGCUCCCUCCCCGGGAAGACGUCAUGGUCACAGACGACAUGGAUCAGGUCGACCUCGUGGAGUUCGAUCCGCGGGAUCGGCCCCAGCACCGGCACACGGAAGCCUACGAAGAGGACGAGGAGGGGCCCAGAACGGGCGUUCAGUGCCAGACGUCUUAAGCACCGAGAGGCUGAAGAAGGGACUUCGGAAUUUACCAGCCUGGGUUGCGCAAUGAGUUACCGGGCAUCCUUUUUAAAGGGCACGCCUCCACGUUACCUUGUUCCAAUGUUAAAAGACUGGUGUGCCUGUGUGUGUGUGAUUUAAGAUAAGAAUGUUAAACGACACGUCCAGAGGUGUCAAAAAAACCACUAUUUAUGUAUACCUCGCAGCUUUGAUAUGGUGUCUGACUUGAAGUUGUCAUUAUUCCUGGAAGUUUAUUCCUUGAAAUAAAACUUG